AUGGCAGCCCCCAACGCACUGGACGAGUAUCCCUUCAGUCUUGCCGCUGACAGGGAUCAACAAGGAUUUACAGCCAGGAACACCCCAUACAUAUCCACCGCAGACAUAACCCUGUCCAGACCCAUCCGCCCUCCAGCCCUCGACAACCUUCCCGAGCCCUUCGACUUCCUGCCGCACACCAUCUCUCGCUCGUCUACCAUGUCGGUACAACCACCACUCAGUGCCCCGACAAACCAUCGGCGGAACCAGAGCUACGGACACAUCAACUUCCCUACGCUGGCUCUUCCCUCGAACGUGUAUCACACCAAUCCCUAUGAUACCCACGUCAACCCACUCAGCCCAAUGGCGGCUCGGAGUUCUUCAAUGCCCACGACACCAGGAGUCAGUCAUGGCCCUAUCAGCACCAACCAUAGCGCUGGAGUUGAGAAGGAGACGUUCACAUUGUCGGAUCGAACAUCGAGCCUUGUUCAAACCACAGGCCAGGUACCUCCGCCCCUCAUCGGAUCGACAUCUGUCAUCCACAGCAAUCGCCUAUAUCUAUUUGGCGGUCGACAGCCAGGGAAGGAUCCUUCCAACGACUUGUUUGUUCUCGACCUGGAAACGCUUGUCUGGACCCUUGUGAAGGAACAGGAGCAAAUAAAUCUUCAGCAGCAAGGCAAAAAUGGGGUCCAGUACUCGGCAUAUGCAGGGAUAUCUGGCGUAGGACAUCAACAGCAUCCAUCCUCGUCUCAUGCCCAACCAUCACACGCAGUGUCCCUAGAAGCCGAUGCUACUGAUUGCGGCACAGAAUGCCAUGAAGAUGCAGCACCAUCCAUGCCCCGGCCACGAUACUACCACUCAGCGAUCCUAGUGACAGCACCACCACUCGUUAGUGCCGAGGGGCUUUUAACAGGAUGGGGCGAUGAGGAUACGGCUCAUAUGAUCAUUUUUGGUGGUCGCGCUCUCAAGAAUGAUGACGACAGCAGCAGUAGUGGCCCGGAUGGAGCGGAGAUCUGCUUGAAUGACACCCACAUUUUGGACCUGGAGACGCUGCGGUGGAUUCCCUCUAGUCUGAAUCUAGGCUGCCCCAUGGCAGCGGAUGAAACCUCACCAACGGACACACCCGCACCCUCGGUCUCCUUAUCUUCCACCGCACCGCCAACCACACCGCCGACCACGGCCGCAACAGUCGCCAGCACCGCGGGCGAUGAUACGACGACAGACAGUGCAGAUGACUCUGUGCAGCCAACCGGUCCAUCCAGCCCACUCGAGAGCAAACGCCAUGCGGAAAGUGAGCAUAUCCAACCAUCAUCAUCGUCAACAACAGCAACAACAACUCGGCCUAGACACAACCCAUACCAGCGUCACAUCCCAGAGCCCCGCUUCGCUCACCUUGUCUCCCUCACAGGCGACCACAUGGUCGUCCUUGGCGGACGAGGGAAUGACAACGAGUACAUCCAGCAGAUCAGUGUCCUCGACUUGAAGACCCACGUCUGGAUUCAUGGCAAUAAACUCAACGGACAUUCCUGCCAAAGUCGUUCGACGUUGACCAGUGUGGAGGAGAGACCAAUGGCUCGCCGUAGACGGCGGUAUCUGGAAUGUCUUGCAGCAGAAAAACAGCUCCAUCAAUCAUCUCCGUCAUCCUCCGCCUCAUCGCUCUCUCUUUCCACCGACACUACAACACCGAUACCAUCCCCUCUACCAUCCCCGGCAGCCUUGAUCACACCUCUGCUGAACCCACGCAAAAACUCCUGGCAUCGAGGUGAGGGACAUCCAUUCGAACCAUUGGUCGUCUCAACAGAGCACCCCCAGCGGUUCAAGAGCAACUCUGGACCCCCGUCUUCAAUGGAGCAGGAUGGCAAUAUUCGGAUCAGACCAGAAAAGGGUCAAGAUGGCGCCAGCACUUCGAACGUGGAUAGCCAUGCUAGUUCAGGCACGGAUAACGAGCAUCUCAGAGUCACAGCGAAUUCUACAGGUCACCGCGAUGAUGGACUCAGGGUGCGACAGCCAUCCAUUGCAGGAAGCACAGCAAGCUCAUAUACGGCACUGACACUGACGUCCUCAAAUAUGAGUACUAUCAGCUCAGGAUCUGAAAAGUCGAGGACGCGUUCAAAGUCGAGCGUUUCCUCGGCAAAGCACCACUAUGGGCAAGCACCACCAAGUCCUCUACCGCCUGUCACACAUGCGGUGCCGAAGAAGUUUUUCGCGAAAUCCAGCAGCAGUAUGUUCGAUCUCGACAAUCUGGCGACAACGAUCGCUCGCGAACAAAAGGAUGGGUUGAGGGGUGGACCGGUCAGUCGCGAGACGCAGCCUCGAAUCAGAAGGAGCAACAGCAAUAGCACCGCUUCGACUUCGAGUCGCAGGAGCACGGGGACCGUCGAUGACAGCCAGGGAAGGCGGGGGAUACACCGUGUUUUUGAUGGUGACGAUAGUAGCGAUAAUCGACGAUCGCUGGACAGCUUCCUGGAUUCAGCUCCUUUAUCAAGGUUCUCUACUUCGGACGGACAAGACGAACGAGACGAACGAGACGAACGAGACGAACGAGACGAACGAGACGAACGAACAAUUGAGCAGCUGCGGUCUCGACCAAUUCCUACCCCCGUAUCCCAGCCCUUGUACAUGUAUUCCAACUAUGCCGCACCCGACAACAAAAUGAAGCGAGAUUUCAUCAAGGUCCAGACUGCAAAAGGAUCUUACCGACCUAAUCCUGAUAAAAUCACUUAUGACUUCCGACCAGAGUGGACGGCAUUGGACCUUGGGGCGGGAGCUCUUGGUGGAGCUGAGGGUAUGAUUCCUCCGAAGAUGAUCUUCCCUGUGACCCAGGUCGUGGGCCACUGCUUCAUUCUGUCGGGUAUCUCGGUCGACGACGACGAAAACGCCAUUGCUUCUUCCUCAUCCCAUACGGGACAACCGCCUUCGGGGAUUACUGCGCCUACCCCACCAUUAGGCAAACGGCAGCCAUAUUCAGUUUGGAUGCACCACUUCCACAGUCACCAAUGGACUCAGCUCGAACUGUCAAAGAACUUGCGUGAUGGGAAAUGGGUUCAGUCUGUCUUGGAUCGGGACGCGAAUUUUCUCUACAUCCUUGGACAAAGGACUGAGGAUCAUAGCCAGGAAUACCCCGAGGAGUCGACAGGGGGAGAUCUGGCGACUUCCGAGGCAGAGAUGGAUUGCCCCGAAGCCGUGGCGUUUUUUACACACAUGGUCAAGGUCGACCUGGAGGGCCUGGAGAUUUGUCCGGGGGUGGAUGAGCCUUCGGUAGGACCGAGCGGACUGAAGCUCGGAUUGGAGAUGCUGAGGGAUGGAAUUGGCGCGGAUGCGGUCCUUGUGAGUUCAGUCGAUGGUGGUCGCGUACGGGUGAACUCGGGUAUAGUCGGUCAGCGGUGGGGAUAUUUCCAGGCGUUGAUAGAGGAGCGCAACAACAUCAAGGACUUGGAGGCGAAGAAAUGGAGCGCCAGGAUGGACUCGUUUGACACCAGCGAGGUGGAUUUGGAACAGAAGUUGGCAUUGAAGCAGUGGUAUCUCAGUGACCGGCCAGCAGAGAUUCUUGUUCGGGAGUCGACGCCUGUCCUGGUCGGAUUCCUCCAAUACAUCUACACCAACGACCUCGUGACGCCUCAUCAGCUCAAGCCGAAGAUACUUCAGGGUCUACUACUCGUCGCCCAUUUCUACGACCUCACGCGACUGCAGCAGCUUGUGCGCAGAGCCAUACACCAGCAAAUGAACACGAACAACGCACCUGGGACAUGCGUGGUCGCUAUCUUGACUCAUGAAUUCGGGCUGCAGACCCGGGCACUGAGGACCAUGUUGCAGAGCGAGCGAAUGGCACAAUUGAGGAGGCAGGGUGAAGCUGCGGAGGCGAAGCGUCGCCUCGACUUUGCAAUGACCCGACUGGAGGAGAUUGAGGAGGAUCGGAAGCGUAAGGCAUCCAUGCAGACGAGCCAGAACUUCCUCCAGCAGUUUCAUGGUCCUCCCAGCAAUAUGAGCGCUGGUGGCGGUGGAUCCAGUCCUUGGACCCUUACAAGCAUUGGAGGUGCUGUAUUAUCCACGGGAAAUUCUGCAUCGUCCAUCCGGUCGGGGCCAAUGGUUUCUUCGACCGUGGCCUCGGGCAGUUCGACUCCUGGACUGAGCACGAUUGGCAGAUUUUUUAGACAUCGGGAGGAAUCUGUGGAAUCGAUGGGCCCUAUGGCCUAA